UUGCAGCGUGAAGUGAUCUCAAUUCACAUUGGACAGGCUGGCGUACAGAUUGGAAAUGCAUGCUGGGAGCUGUACUGUCUCGAACAUGGAAUCCAGCCCGACGGUCAAAUGCCGUCAGACAAAUCCCUAGGUGGCUGUGAUGACUCCUUCUCAACGUUUUUCUCUGAGACCGGCAGCGGACGCCAUGUUCCUAGGGCGGUGAUGAUCGAUCUGGAGCCGACUGUCAUCGAUGAGAUUCGGACUGGUACGUAUCGCUCGCUUUUCCACCCAGAGCAACUUAUCACUGGCAAAGAGGAUGCGGCAAAUAAUUACGCUCGUGGGCACUAUACUAUCGGCAAAGAAAUCAUCGACCUAACUCUGGACCGUAUUCGUCGUCUCGCCGACAACUGUACUGGACUGCAGGGUUUUCUCGUAUUCCAUUCGUUUGGUGGUGGUACGGGCUCCGGAUUCACUUCGCUUCUCAUGGAACGACUUUCGGUUGACUACGGGAAGAAGGCCAAGCUCGAGUUCUCCGUCUAUCCAGCUCCACAGGUGUCCACUGCGGUAGUUGAGCCAUACAAUUCAAUUUUGACUACGCAUACCACUUUGGAGCACUCGGACUGUUCGUUCAUGGUGGACAAUGAAGCCAUCUACGAUAUUUGCAGAAGAAAUCUCGACAUCGAACGACCCAGCUACACGAAUCUGAAUCGGCUCAUAGGUCAAAUUGUAUCCUCCAUAACCGCUUCCCUUCGGUUCGACGGUGCUCUCAACGUCGAUUUGACAGAAUUCCAGACCAAUCUGGUUCCGUACCCUCGUAUACACUUCCCACUGGCCACCUUUUCACCCGUGAUCUCGGCCGAAAAAGCCUAUCAUGAACAACUUUCUGUCGCCGAAAUUACAAACAUGUGCUUUGAACCACACAAUCAAAUGGUGAAAUGUGAUCCGAGACACGGUAAAUACAUGGCCGUCUGUCUUUUGUUCCGAGGAGAUGUUGUACCGAAAGAUGUGAACGCCGCCAUUGCUACCAUUAAGACGAAACGAUCCAUCCAAUUCGUCGACUGGUGUCCUACUGGUUUCAAGGUUGGAAUUAACUACCAACCACCGACAGUAGUGCCAGGCGGAGAUCUGGCCAAGGUCCCAAGAGCUGUAUGCAUGCUGUCGAACACGACAGCUAUUGCAGAAGCGUGGGCUAGACUUGACCACAAAUUCGACCUUAUGUACGCCAAGAGGGCGUUCGUGCACUGGUACGUUGGUGAGGGGAUGGAAGAAGGGGAAUUCUCUGAAGCCCGUGAAGAUCUUGCCGCUUUAGAGAAGGACUAUGAAGAGGUGGGCGUAGACUCUCUCGAGGAUAACGGCGAAGAAGGAGAUGAGUAUUGA